AUGCCUCCAUCGAAGAGAAGAUCCGAGGAGCCCCAGGAGAUGAGGAAGAAGCAGUACCCUAGUCCCGAAAGUCCGGAGCCUGAUCGGGAAUUGAGAAGAGUCUCGUCUGAUCCUAUGGGGCCUCCGCCCGUAAAGAGAUAUGUACGCUUCCGACCUCAGGUCCCCCCUAUUACGAAUUAUAAAUUGGCACCGGAGGGCUGGAACCCUGAAGACUAUGAUCUUCAAACGGACGAUAUCGAAGCAAAUAUCAUUAGAUGUCAUGAAAGAAUCGAAGACGGGAUUAUGCCGGAUUGGUGGAUCCACAAAUUAAAGAUUUACGAACAUGAAAAGCGUCAGACCGAGGCAACUAUCCGUUCCAUGCCGGCGGGUCUGGAUUGGAGUGUUAUCACUCGGAUAAAGAAUCUCGAGCAUAUGCAGCGGUUCCUCGAGAGUAAUGAAGGUGGCGAUGAACACAACCAGCUUGUCAACGUCAAAGCACUUAUCACGGCGUAUAAAAAUAAGACGCUCUAUUGGGAUGGUGAAGUUACCUACCUCUCCAACGGAAAAGCUCUUGCAAGGGGAGAUUUCUCCUGGGACGAUGUUCACAAGUACAAUGAUUUGUGUAAUGGAAAAUCAUUCUGGGUCGAAGGGCUUGGCACUCCCGGGCCUACUAUGAUGAAGCCAUACAAUGUUCGACGCCCCUAUAAGAGAAUUCACGAGCCACUCCAGAGGAGCGGCCUGCACAUUUUAUCAUUCAACGUCCGAGUCCCAGGCCAGGCAGUAACGCCAGUGGACAAUAUCGCAUACGAUUUCCUCGACGACACCGGCGCCGAAAUUCCCCGUAUAUUUUACAUGGACCUCUACCAACUCGUGAACAGAGCAUCAGGACGUACAGCCCCGUUCCUCUGCUACCAGGUCAUGCGAACAGCAGACGACUGGGUCGUGGAGCCAACCUGCAUGCUAGAAUUCAAUAUCCCACGUGAGGACGGAGAAUGGACUCGGCCCUGGGUCCCGUUGCAGGUUGCUCUCGGUAAAGGGUAUACUCUCCGCUCAACUGAUCGAUUGAGUGGGGUGUGGAUGCGCUCGCUUUUCUUUGUCGGUAGUGCUCCGGAUAAUUUCAAUCGACUCUAUGUCGCGGAGACUCAUAAUGGCAUUCGGACUAUUUUACCUAAUGUCGAUGCGGUUAAUGCUAAUCCGCCACCUCCCAUUUAUCGAACUGUUAAUCAAUGGGAUUAUUUGAUUAAUUGGCAGCCUCAUGACCUUCUUAAUCCCGGUCCCGCUGGUGGUCCUUAUUUGAAUGUCGAUAUUCCUGCUCCGACUGUCGAGCCGUUGACUCCUCCCCCCGGUGAUGAUGAUGGUCCUCCUAGCCCACCUGGUCCCCCUGGUGGUGGCCCUCCUGGUAACGGCGGUGGUUCCCCCGAUCCUCAUCACCUGCAACCACCCGGUCAUCCACAAGGCACGCCGUCGCCGCCAGCGCAGCCGCCAGUCGAUGGUGACUUUCUUGGACCACCACCUCCACAUUGGCCUUCGCCCUCUAUAUCUAGUAAUAAUGGAACUUCACAAGCCGGUGAAAACGUACCAGCGUCACCGAGUCCUGGGCCUUUCCAACAGCCAGUGAAUGGUGUGGCUAAUGGCGCCUCGGGAUCGAGUAGAGCCCCUAGUCAGAUCUCACAGGGCACUGUUGCCGUACCAUGGAGCGCCGCGGGAUCACCGGCUGGAUCGGGAAACUCAUCAUCCUCAUCACCAGCAGCGCCGCCGCUGCCGCCACCACCGCCGCCGCCGAGUCCACACUUAUCAACACCGUCGGGUCGGUCCUCAGCAGCUCCCAGCUCCGGCGGUGGUAGUGGCCGUGGAUCAUCGUCAGCCUCAUAUGUCACAGCAAACGAGUACCCACCAUCCCGAUCAGGUUCUGAGCAGGAAAUGCCGAUCAUUAAAGUCGUUCCACCCGCACAACAAUCCGAAGCCGGUUCAUCCUCAGGCUCGUCAAGCUACGGAACCGCCAUUGGACAACCCUGGUCUCAGCCAGGUACUCCAUGGGCCGGGUCAACACCGAGAGCACCGCCGUCUAUAGGGUCACCUCUCGGAAUGCCGAUUGGAGCACCUGUUUUCGGAAGCAGCAAUCUCGCGUCGAUUCCAGAAGAACCAUUGAAUGCACCUAGUCAGACCGGCGGCGAUGGCGAUGUGCAGAUGACAACCACUCCUAACGCAUCGCCUCCCACUGGACCUACUGUUUUGGGCGGUCAGCCUCUUAAGACCCCCGUGCUUGCUCCUACAUCUGGGGCGGGUGACGUGGGUUGCGAUGAGGAGAUGUUAGAUGCUCCAUCUGGGUAG